AUGGCAGCCAAAGAGCCAGAGAUCAUAAGAGACAAGGACCAGAUGAGGAGAUGGUCAAGAGCCAUGAGAUCCCAAGGCAAGACCGUAGGAUUGGUACCCACCAUGGGCUACCUCCACGAUGGCCACGUGUCGCUCAUCCGAGAAGCCCACAACCACACCGACCUCAUCGUGGUCUCGAUCUACGUGAACCCGGGUCAGUUCUCUCCCUCCGAAGACCUCUCCACCUACCCAUCUGAUUUCCAUGGCGAUAUCCAGAAGCUCAUGGCCAUUCCCGGCGGCGUUGAUGUCGUUUUCAACCCUCACAAUCUCUACGACUAUGGAACCAGCAAAAACGCAAACGCAGCCGCACGUGCGAGUGACGACGCACGUGUGGGAAAUGGCGGCAAUGGGGUGGUUUCUUGCGUGGAGGAAAACGGGUUGGGGCAUGAGACUUGGGUGAGGGUUGAGAGAUUGGAGAAGGGUAUGUGUGGGCAGAGUAGGCCUGUUUUUUUCAGAGGGGUUGCUACGGUUGUGAGCAAGUUGUUUAAUAUAGUCGAGCCUGAUGUUGCUGUGUUUGGGAAGAAGGAUUAUCAGCAAUGGCGGAUUAUUCAGCGGAUGGUUCGUGAUCUUGAUUUUGGCAUUAGAGUGAUAGGUUCUGAAAUAGUGCGUGAGAAAGAUGGGCUUGCAAUGAGUUCACGCAAUGUCCGCCUCUCACCUGAAGAAAGGGAGAAGGCACUAUCUAUAAGCAAGUCAUUGUCAAGAGCUAGAUUAGCUGCAGAAAAGGGCCAAACUAAUUGUAUAGAGUUGAGAGACUUGGUCGCACAAGCAAUACAUGAAUCUGGUGGAAGACUUGAUUAUGCUGAGAUUGUAGACCAAGAAAGUUUGGAGCAAGCAAAAGAGAUCAGAUGUCCUGUUGUUUUCUGUGUUGCUGCCUGGUUUGGAAAAGUGAGACUGAUAGACAACAUGGAGAUAAACAUAUGA